AUGAUUUUAUUAGCAGGAAAUUUUCAUCAAACAUUGCCAGUGAUUUCACCAUCAACGCUAGCUGAUGAACUCAAUACAUGUUUAAAGUCCUCCAAUUUGUGGAAACAUGUCAAGGUAUUACACUUAAGCAAGAAUAUGCGUGUCGAGUUGCAAAAUAACCAAUCUGGAGACAGAUUCUCUAAACAACUCAUUGACAUUGGUAAUGGCAAAUUUCCUAUAGAUACCUUGACUGGUUGCAUUAACUUUCCUCAAAGUUUUUGUCAGUUAACUCGAUCAAAAGAUGAACUUAGUCAAAAGGUGUUUCUAGAUGUUGGUCAAAAUUAUAGAAACCAUGAUUGGUUACGGGCUAUAUUGACUACAAAAACAUAG